AUGGGACAUCGCAUCCAAAAGCAGCCAGAAAUACAGCACAGUGAACAGGUAGCUGUGGGCGCUACUGCUGACCCCAAGAUUGGGAGUUUUGAGGCCCCUGAAGGCUACGCGAAACUUUGGGGACUGCGGCCUACUCGGGAGGGGAGUUGGAUGUGCGGCCGCCACCCUGUCUCCAACUCUAGCAGCCAUACAGUAGCACUGGAACACUCCUCACAGGUCCCGUUCCCCCCUCUAUGGACUGGCAGGGGUUAUCCCCACUGGAUGGAUCCGACACCACCAAUCACCGAUCCCACUGCACCUCCCAUGCUCUCAGUAUCCCGAGCUUCACCACAGCUUCACCACAGCUUCACCACAAAAUGGCCGCCUCGUGGUCUGUCCUGGGCAAAGACUGAAACAUCAAUUCAGGGUGCCGCCAGACGCACCCAUCCUUGGAUUUCCUCACUAAACCAGCGCCUGACGGAGCUAAUGGAUGCCCAAGCUUGGCACCCAGAGACCGGGACCGGUCCCCAUGACCGCCUGCUCGGAUGUUCCUCACACCACAGCCCAAUGCAUACACAGAAUACCCCACCCAAGAUCUCCGUUGCCACUAGAAGAGAUAGAGCUGUGGGCACAGGAUGA